CUAUAUUGGAUGCUGGAUGUUUCCUACCGUGGAUUCUGAUGAUAAGGAAUCGAACCGCCAUUUUGGAUUGAAUUGAUGCAAAACAAAUUACAGACGACGAACCGAACUUCCCUACUACAAUUCACAACCGUCCUCGCUUGAGCUGUUGAGCGGCACUGAGUGGUUUGUUUUUGGGGAAUGCUUUGAAAACCCAUCCUUGGCUUUACAUUGCCAUGGCAACAACUACUUGACAUGCGGUAAGCAUUGGCACCGUUGAAAGAAAUGGACAACUGAGGAGUCUGGUGAAGUAGUAUCCAUGGUUACUGUGUCUUCUUUGACAUCUCCAAAACUACCACUGGAUUCACAUUUCCAGAACAUCCAUCCUCGUUGCAACACAUCCAUCAAAACAGCAAGAUGUUCUCAAGUUUGUCUCGAUUCUCACGAACCUCCAAUAUGGCGACUUUAUUCCUGAGACGGACGUUCUGUCUCAAUACACCAACAGCUCCUCCUUGUCCUCCAUGUCCGGAACCUGCUCCCUCGUCAUCCCGUGGAUACAAGUUUUGGAAGAAAAUUACCUUCAUGGUAGCGAUGCCGCUCGUUGGACUGAUCGCGCUGAACACGUACACCGAGCACCAGAAGGAACAUGCGCAUCGGUCCCGUCCAAAGUUCAUCGAGUACGAGUAUCUUCGCAUACGCACCAAGCGCUACCCGUGGCGGGAUGGAGUGAAGACGCUCUUUCACAACCCGGAAGUGAACGCACUGCCGACGGGAUAUGAAAAGUAAUUCAAGAGGAUAUCGUAGCACACUUGGUGAAUCUGUUUGACUAUGUUGAGCCAUCGGAACGGAUAAACUGUUCACAGUUAGAAAAAAUG